ACUGCAGUUGUCCGAUUUGUUGAUAUAUCGCACUGUAAGCUUCGUCGUGUCAUUUCUCUGUAUGAAGUAUACAUGAUUCGUUCGGAUCGGAUGCAUGAUGUUGAAACCAAGAAUGGAGUUGGGUCAGCACAUUCGAGACUGCGACUCGGAGCUCUUCUUAAUCCAUACUACCGACACACCACAAACCCCGCCACAUUCCCCCCGAUCCACACUCGCAAUGCCAUCUGAGCUAUCAUUUGCAGUCUUCAAGGGCUCAGAGGCCGGCAAGGUUGUGCAGUCUAUUUCGACCAGAGAGCGCCUCCUUCCCGACGAAGUCCUGUUGAAAGUGACACAUUCAGGUGUAUGUGGAACAGACGUGCAUUUUAAAUCCAAGGAUAUUGUCCUCGGCCAUGAAGGCGUUGGCAUCAUCGAGCAGAUUGGGUCAGGUGUCAAGGCAUUUUCCGUAGGCGAUAGGGCAGGUUUCGGUUUCCUCCAAAAUGCUUGUGAAAACUGCGCUCAGUGUCGCGCUAGCGAUGAAAUUUACUGUCACUCACGACAGAUCUACGGCUUGGGCAUACUUGAUCAAGGCUCGUUCGCAACUUACUCCAUUCAAAAAGCCGCUUUCAUUUUCCCUAUCCCCUCCAAACUCGAUUCCGCAUAUGCCGCUCCGUUGAUGUGUGCAGGCGCGACCGUAUUCAAUGCUCUCUUUACUGGGAACGUGCGCCCUGCUGAUCGCGUAGGCGUCAUUGGUGUCGGCGGUCUUGGACAUCUCGCUAUCCAGUUCGCGGCGAAGAUGGGCUGCGAAGUCACCGUGUUUUCUAGUUCCGAUAGCAAGAAGCAGGAGGCACUGCAGCUCGGAGCCACCGAGUUUUACGCCACUAGGGGUAUGAAGACUCUCGAAGGUGCAAAAGAAAUCAAUCACCUUCUUGUGACGACGAGUGCGCAGCCCGAUUGGGACUUAUACAUCCCGAUAAUGGCCCCCAGAGGAACCAUCUUUCCGCUUUCUGUGUCUCAGGAGAAUCUCGUCGUGCCUUACAUGCCGCUCGUUGUUGGUGGACUUCGCAUCCAGGGUAGCCUGGUGUGUUCGAGGGGUGUGCACAGCAAGAUGUUAGAAUUUGCUGCGACGCAGGGGAUCAAGCCGUUUGUUGAAACCUUUGAUAUGAGCGUAGAAGGUAUAGAACAAGCAUUCGAGCGGAUGGAGCAGGGAAAACUACGUUAUCGGGCCGUACUUGUCGCAAAGCAGUGAGCGAUAUGAUCUCAGGUACUUUGAAAGAGUACUGGGGUCAGUUUGAAGCGGUGCCUGUGUAAAGUACAAGAACCUGGUGCCUUUAAAUUGUCAAUAGUGUUAUGUGUACAAUUAUUGUCGUCGUCUUCGUGUUUCGAUAUUUGAGCCUUGAAAAGACUGUAACUUGUUCUAUGACUUACGAAAUCAAAUUUGACUCUUCAUUAUC